GAUCAUAAUUUUGUCAAAGCAGCAAAUCGCUUUUUAAGCUUGCUCCCACCUCAUCGAUGGCUACACCUGUAGCCAAGCGACUACGAUCAAGCAGUCACAGGCCGAUUGAUACAGCUCCUGCCGGAGAUGCAUCUCCCGGCGUCGCUGCAGACGGUCGCUUGAAAGGAAAAGAAAGAGCAUCUCCAGAGCCGCCUGUGAACGACUUACCCGUCGACGCCAGCCUUGCGCACGAACAGACAAGCAGCAGGACGUCAGACCGUCAUCUCGAGCUAAGACAGGUCGACAAGCGGAGGCUCUUCGCACCGUUUCGGGCCCUUUCGCUCUAUUCGAAUGACAUCCCCUUCGUGUUAUUGAGCCGCUCCUCGCCUCAUCUGAAGACGCCGGUGUUCAACCUGAUCACAUGCCUGGGAAGCUCAUGGGCAAUGUGGGACGUCAAAACGCUCAGCCUCAUACUGGCAGGCGAGGAUUGUGGCGGCACAAUCACUGCGCUUGCUGCAACGACAGAUGAGGGAAGCAAAGCGGAUGGCGGCGGGGGUGUCUAUGCAGCUUUUGCAGUCGACAAUGCAGGCCUUCUAAAUCACGGAUCUGCGAGCAAGAAACAUACGGCAGCCAGCUUUGAUCCUGAUCGGAGCCCAGAAGACCAAACAGGCCAGAAUGGCGUGCGGCGAUUCUAUCGUGGCAAGAUCACUGCUACACUGCCGCUUCCCGUCAAAUCACCGCCAUCGCAAACGGGCAGAGUCGCAGAGAAUGGCAUAUCGGCUCUCAACAUAUUUGGCACAACUCUCGUCGGUCUCGCUGAAGACGGCAGGAGUAUGUUUGUCUGGGACACACUCAUGAAUGGACUGCAUACGACCAUCGAAUUCCCGGCAGACUUUACCGCGACCAAGCUCGUGCAUCCCUCUACGUACAUCAACAAGGUCGUUGUUGGGUCGCGCGAAGGCGAGCUUGCUAUUUGGAACGUCUCUACAGGACAACUGAUUCACACAUUUGCUUCGACUGAGGUGCGCAAUAGCGUGAAUCGUCGCAAGAGCGCAGUCACACAGCUCGUUCAAUCCCCUGCACUCGAUGUAUUGGCCAUUGGUUUCGAAGACGGCAUCGUGACGCUUUUCGACGUCAAGGCGGGCGAUCUUCUUGCAGCUGUACAGAUGACAUCUGCUUCGUCUAUGAGCCUAGCUGCUACUGAUCAGAUGACAGAACGAUCCGAGAAGUUAUCCAUCGCUGGCAUCGCUUUCCGUGAUGACAAUGAAUCGCAUACGAUGGCCACAGUUUCACGGUCCGGUGAUCUUGCUAUUUGGGAUCUCAAGAGCGCAGACGACGAAAGCAGUGACGAGGACGAUGAUGCACCGGCGACCAAUCUCGUAAAGCUAUUGCACCUGGAGCGUCGAGCUCACGACGAUAGUAUCGGCGGCGUACAAUUCUUGCCGGGUCAGCCUGUCAUGAUCACAACCGGAGCAGACAACGCGAUCAAGCAAUGGCUCUUCGACUCUCCACUUUCUCCUCCACGACUCCUCAAGCACCGAUCUGGCCAUCACAAGCCGCCAAACCUCAUACGAUAUUACGGCGAUGACGGCAAAGCGAUGCUUUCUGCGGGUCGCGAUCAAGCAUUGCGAUAUACUAGCGUGGUGCGAGAGUCACGAUCGCAUGAGCUCAGCCAGCAAGGCGCUACGAAGAAGGCAGCGCAGCUCGGCAAAUCUGCAGAUAGUCUCAAACUCGCGACAAUAUCCAGCAUGGCAUUUUCGACCGCUCGGGCGUCUGACUGGGACAAUGUCCUGACUACUCAUCUUUCCUCACCCGCGGCAUACUCCUGGAGCGUUCGCAACAAGCGCAAGGGCGCGCAUACCCUGUCGAGCACUUCGAAGGGCGUACCCCAGGGCUCCGUUGAAGUGUCUGGCUCAGCUCGAUGCGUACAUGUUACCGCUUGCGGUCACUUUGGCCUUGUCGGCUACGCUGAACUGGGUCAGGUACUUUGCUGGAAUUUGCAGUCUGGCAUCUGGCGCAAGGCGUUCCAGAUACCUCGCUCCUCUUUGACAAACGGACGAACAAAUGCUCGAGCUUUGUCCGUCUCCGGCGUCGCAGUCGACGCACUAAAUCAAAUUGCAGUAGUCGCAACCCUAUCGGGCGAUCUACACUUCUUUGACUUUCACACGACAAAGCUCGUCCGCACAACCAAGCUUGCUUCCGGCAUCUACCAGAUGCUGCUACAGCGCGACAACGGACUGAUCGCUGUAGCUUGUGAUGAUAUGAUCAUCCGUAUCGUCGAUAUCGAGACGAUGCGCACCGUCAGAGAAUUGUCUGGUUUUCGCGGCCGAGUACUAGAUCUGGCAUUUUCACCAGAUUCUCGCUGGCUCAUUGCGUGCUCGCUCGACUACAUCAUUCGGACUUUCGACUUACCGACUAGCAAAAUGAUCGACGCCUUCCGUUGCGCGAGUCUUGCUACAAGCCUGACUUUCUCGCCAACAGGCGACUUCCUAGCGACUGCGCACAUCGACAGCGUCGGCGUCUUCCUUUGGGCAAAUCGAGCACAAUUUGCGGAAGUGUCAUUGCGGUCUGUCGUCGAUGAUGAAAGUCCAGAGCUUGUCGGUCUACCGACAGUCAGUGAGGAUGCGGCAGAAGGCCUGGAUGCGCUAGCGGAUGAAGAGGAUCAAGCCGCAUCAGAGCUAACCCUAGACAAGUAUCUCGGCGACGGUCUGGCAACAUUGACCCUGAUGCCGAGAAGCAAGUGGCAAACGCUUCUCAAUCUCGAUACGAUCAAAAGUCGUAACAAGCCUGUCGAGCCACCCAAAGCACCUGCUCAAGCGCCUUUCUUCCUGCCCACUUUGCCAGGAACGGAGACUCGCUUCGAUUUGAGCUCGCAGCUCGGACAGAAUGCCACCGAUGGAGACGAGAUUACGUCUCGCGUCGGUCUACAGACUGCGCAAUUUGAUAGCGAGUUCGCUCGAAGGCUUACUGAGGAUACGCAAGAUGCAGGCUUCUUUGCUCAUGCCAUCAGCCUACCACCUUCGACAAUCGACGUCGAAAUUCGCAGUCUUUCGCCUGACCAGCUCGUACCUUUCAUCAAGCUGUUGACGCAGAGGUUGAGGUCACAUCAGGAUUUCGAAGCAAUUCAGGCGCUUCUAGCAGUCUUCUUGCGAACGCAAGGCGAAAGCAUCAUCAGCUCGGUGGGUCAAGCAGACGCGAUGGAGAAGCAAGCCAUCUUGGACGCAUUGGACGAGCUCAGACAGGAGCAACGCAAAGGUAACGAUCGUAUAGGCCGACUGAUCGGGUUCAGCCUGGGCGCGCUGGGCUUUGUGCGAAAUGUCACCACCUGA